AUGUCAAAAACCAAUUAUAAUUUUCGUUCUUGUUCGCCUUCUAAAGAAGAACUAAAAUUGGUAAAUGAACUUAUUUAUAAGUUUGGUGAUGUUCGAACUACAAAACGAUUAGAUCUUUUAUGGAAUUCUUCGGUUGGUAAAAACGUUCCAAACUCAUCUAAAAUCGCGAAGGAAAGAUGGGCAGCAGUUAAAAAAUUUAAUCAGCAUGAAUACCAAUUUUGGCUAAAAUUAACAGAAAUAGCAAAUUUGAAGCACAAAUUACUAUAUCCGAAUUAUAAAUAUACACCAAUUAGAGAUAAAAACAAAAAAAGUAGAAAAUCAAAUAAUACUUAUAAACAGCAUCCUUCAUUGGUGGCUAAUGAUAUUGUCAAGUCCACAAAAAUUGAAUCCAAUAAAAAAUUUGAACCAUUACAGAUACAAGAAACAAACAAUACCCAAGCUUCAACAGAUAAUAACAACUGUCAAAAUAAUUCAACAUCACCCAAUUUAUCUAUCGAACCCAUUUCAGAAAGCUACCUUCCAUCCAGUUUUUUACCUAAUUACUUAUCACAUGAAUAUAGACAAAAUAUUUUGGCUCCAAGUAUGAUGCCUGUUCAAUUUACCAACAAUCUCAAUCCUUACUACCUUUAA